AUGGCUCUCCGCUUAGAUUAUCGUUGCUUACUGGAUGCCUUCGAGGAUUACUACUACCACAAGGAGAUCCAGCGUUUGGUCGCCGAAACCGCUGGGGGGGCUACAGCAACAUCUCCCGCCUCAUCCGCCUCAUCCGCCUCCUCGACGGCCUCCAUCUCAUCUGCAUCCUGCUCGAGUGGACCCUCCACUUCCUCCAUUGUCUCGUCCGCGGCCAGUUCGCACGGUUCGUUGGCCCAGGUGGCUACUGCCCGAGCGGCCGCUGCUCUGGCGGACCAACAAGCACUGGCCAGCCAGAGGGCCAUGUUCUACAAUGUCCAGCAUCCUCAGCAGCUGGAGCAGCUGCAUGCGUUGCAGGCGGAGUCCGGCAAUCAGCAGAUGCAUCCGCAGGCGAACGCCGAUCCUAACGCCUCCUCCAUGGCCAACAGUCUGCUCUGGCAGCCAUGGCGAGAUCUCCAGCAGGCGGCCGCCAUGCAUCACCAGCUCUACAGGCAGCAGCAGCAGCAGUUGCAGUUGCACUCAGAGAUGCGUGCGACGUCCAAGGUGCUGACCACCACCAAAUGGCGACGCGAGCGGCGUCAGCGUAGUGCCGGAUACCAGCCGCACGAGGCAGGCAACAGCGAGAGGGAGCGGGAACGGGAGCGGGAUCGAGAGGAUCGCGACAUGGACAGUCCCAUUGACAUGUCGGUGACGACGGGAGCUCUGAAGCAGAGAGCCUCACCGCCGCCACCCUAUCGCGAACCCUUGCCUGGGACCAACUACGCGGCCAACAGUCGACCCAGCGUCAUUACCCAGGCUCCACCCAAGCGAGAACCACCGGAGCAGGCCCACUCUACAGAUAUGGCGAUGUGCGACAUUGACGAGCACUUCCGACGCUCACUGGGCGAGAACUAUGCUGCCCUGUUCGCCAAGAAGUCACCGACGCCUACGCCAACACCCACGCCCUCGCCAAGUGGUACACCUAAGCAGCAGGUUUCGCCACUGGCCUACGGACUGCCUUCAUCAACCAGCACAGCGGCAUCGCAGCACUACCAGCAGCAACGCUCGCCGCUGGCCAAGUCGGGAUGGGUCAUUCUGGAGCCCGAAUCGCUGCAGCCGGAACUGCCGCCGCCGCAGGAGGAACCGCUUCCCCUGUCGCUGGCACUGCAUCGCACCCAAACGCCGCCAUCGCCGCCACCUUCGGCCACGGGAUCGGCACCAGCGCUACCCACGGCCGUCAGCCAGGUGAUGGAGGCAGCGGUGGCGGGCAGGCGGAUCCUGGACACGCCACACCACACGCCGCCGAGAUACAACACACCACCGCCUCCACCGCCGGCUUACGGAAUAGCCGGAACCACCGUUGUGGCGCCGACUUUGACACCGACACCAACUCCGAAUCCGACGCCGUCGCAGAUUCCCACGCCCACGCCCAGCAUGCCGGCCAUCAUUCGGGUGAAGGCUGAACCGGGACUGGCGGCCGUGGCUGCCUCCUCGACGCAGACGCCGCCCGCUUCGCCCACCUCGUCCACGAAUAUCUCGAUAUUCACCAAGACUGAAGCCUCGGUGGACGACCACUUUGCCAAGGCGCUGGGCGAAACUUGGAAGAAGCUGCAGGGCGGGCACAAGGAGUAGAGGAGGAGCAAGCGAGCAAAUCACCCACCAACCCGCACACAACCCGAUCCCGAUCCCGAUCCCAAUUCCCAACAGAACUCAACACAACCCAACCCAAAAGCAACCCCUGAUCCUCAACGAUUCAACUCAAGAGCUGUUUUUAUUAUAAAUAUUUCAAACUACACAAUUAACGUUUAAAGAUCUCAUGCUGAUGUGAACGGAAAUUCUUCAACUGCGAGUGUAUUACAAGUUUCUGAUAUAAUGAUUUUAUUGAAUAUUGAUAACGGUUAGCGCGCGGAUAUAAUUAUAUAUAUAUAUAUAUGAAUAUUUACAUAUAUAUGGAUAAAUGUGUAUGACAAAGUGUAUACGUACAAGUGACAAAAUUUUGUAUUCUUAACGCUUAGUUGGUAGAGACUAAUCCUUAAUAAUAUACCUAUUAAACAUAAGUAAACAAUCCU